GCGUUUUUUCGCGAGAUACCUUUUAUUCAACGGUAUCUGAAAUUACUCUGGUAUCUGAUACCGGUGCGUUUUCGCGAGAGUAAAAUUUCAAUGUAUGACGUCAUUGUACGUCACCGUUUAAGACCUGGUUAUAAAAUUCAGUUCAACAGGGGUAUACUUGUUGAUAAUUUUCGGUCAAACUAUUCUAACCUAAAAAUAUUUUUAUUUACGUUUAAAAGUAGUUGUUUUUGUAAUGGAUGCAGUCCAAACUUAUGAGUUUACGCUAAACUAUUGUGGGGAGGAUGUUACGGUGCAUCAUAAUGAUUUAGACACCAUUUCAAUUUUAUUAAAUGAUCCUGUGGCAGCUGAACAAUACUUAAGGACAAAUGGACUCAUUAAUACAGACACUACACCCUUUUGUGAGGAAACAGAAUAUUUAGAUACCGCCGAGGAUACCGCAAUUAAUCACACUCCAACUGAUCACACCUCAGAAUGCAGCAGUGUUCAAGCAACGUGCAGCUCUAAUAAUAACAAUGCAAGGUUGUGGAGUAAUAAAAGAAAAAUGACCGAACUAGAUAUUGAAGCCACAAGUUUUUUCCUCGGACAGAGGCUAAAAUACGCUAAGUCAUUUGACGACAAGAAAACUAACAAAACGUCGCUCUGGUCAAAAAUUGCGAAAGAAUUAAACGAUAAUGGGUACACGGUUGGAGAAGGAAAAGAGGGGGCAGAGAAAUGCAGGCAAAAGUUUGCGAACUUACAGCGGCAAUACAUCUCUCACCGAGAUCAUAUGAAAAGGACAGGAGAAAAUACCAAAGAUCCCCCAGCUUUUUUUGACGAGAUGCAUGGAAUCUUAGGGGCAAAACAUAAAGUUGAUCCAGAAUAUGUUUUGGAUUCUAGCAAUAUAAGUGCGCCCAGUAGUGAGGUUGAGUCUCAAGAAUCGAUUGAAGCAAAUAACGAGGAUACACAGAUCGAAAACGUUUCAUCGCCGGAGAGCGUAGAAUCGUUGCCCAAAUCGGGGAACGUAACCCCCACUUCCAUAAGGAAUAGAUUUUCAGCUGUAAAGAAAACGUGCAAACCUGUUACAGACAAUGCAGUAUCUUUAACCAAAUUAUUAGACGAUCAAUUUAAGGCCGAUUUGGCUCAACGAGAGCAACAUUUUCAACGUUUAGACGAAUUGCUUUCUGUACAAAAUAAUCAAAGAGAUAGAAUGCUGAAGCAAUUCGAUGAAAUUAUCACAUUAAUUAAAGAUAAGAAAAACAAAGACCCUCAAGAGGAAGCAUAAAUUUUAUAUAUUGUUUGUUGUUUAGUAUAGGCACAACCAGGUUAUCUGUGGUAUGGGUAAUGUAGUACGAAAUAGUUACUCUUUUAUUAGUUAUCGAGAGAUCUCAUGUUAUUUUUUAUCUUUUUUUAUUAUAAUCAAUCGUUUUUAUAUUACAUUAUUUGAUAAAAUAUUUGCUAUG